AAGCAAUUAUAUUUCCUACUUUUUAAUUCUCAGGGUUUUGCCAGCAUUUAAAGGGUAUGCUCAAAUUUUGAUUGUUUGACCCUUUUCUAACCUUAUUAUUUUCGCACGAUUCGGUUCCGUGUCUCAACAUAUAUCCUAAUUGGCUCGGCUUUUAAAUAAUUGAUGUCCAUAAUGUUAUUUUACUUUUUUUUUUUGUUUUUUCUGGUUUGGUUUAGUGUCAUCUUGAUCAUGAAAGGUAUGUCUGAGAGACAACUGGUUUGGGUGCUCUCUGUCUUCUAUAAGCUGAUGAACAAAAUAUAUUUAGGUAAUGAUUAGGAGCCUGAAACCUAUCUUAUUAUUUGAUUUCAAUGCUUGAGGUUAACUUAUUCUAGCCAACAUGAAGCACGGACACCCCUCUUCAAUGGCCUGCAUGACAUAUGUCACAUACUCUGCCGAAAUAUUAAAUUUAAAAGAUGAUAUUUUGCGGCUUCAACUUGACUCUGUCACAGCGCUACUGAGAGAGCCUCUUUCCUCAGUGACAUCAAUAACUGAUAUCUUGAAGAGCCUCUACCUUGACAAGUCAAUAAUUGAUGGCUUGAAGAGACUCUAUCGUCAGAAGUUGAAGCCGUUAGAAGUCACUUACCGUUUUAAUGAUAUUGUAUCACCAUUACUGACAGAUAGUGACUUUGAUGCCAAACCAAUGGUUAUGCUUUUGGGUCAGUACUCAACUGGUAAAACAACAUUUAUCAAACAUCUGCUUAAAAGUGGUUAUCCAGGAGCCCAUAUUGGACCUGAGCCAACAACUGAUAAGUUUAUUGUUGUCAUGUCUGGAUCUGACGAGAAAACUGUUCCUGGAAAUACUGUUGCUGUCCAAGCAGGCCUGCCAUUUAGUGGCCUUAAAACUUUUGGCACAGCAUUUUUGUCAAAAUUUGUGUGUGCACAGAUGCCUCAUGCUCUACUAGAACAUAUCACAUUUGUUGACACUCCUGGAGUUUUGUCUGGAGAAAAGCAAAGGACACAACGGGCAUAUGAUUUUACUGGCGUGACAUCUUGGUUUGCUGCCAAGUGCGAUUUGAUACUCCUAUUGUUUGAUCCUUACAAACUUGACAUUAGUGAUGAGUUCAGUAAUGUGAUAUCAUCCUUACGGGGACAUGAUGACAAAAUCCGAUUAGUUUUGAAUAAGGCAGACCAAGUUGAUACCCAACAAUUGAUGAGGGUUUAUGGCGCCUUAAUGUGGUCACUUGGAAAGGUGCUGAAGACACCUGAAGUAAUGCGUGUGUAUAUUGGCUCCUUCAAUGACAUGCCUGUAAAUGAUACUGCCACUGGUCCACUUGGUAAGGAACUAUUUGAAAAGGAACAGGAUGAUCUUCUUUCGGAUCUGAAAGAUAUACCAAAAGCAGCUUGUGAUCGAAGAAUCAAUGAGUUUGUAAAACGAGCCCGAGCAGCCAAGAUACAUGCCUAUAUUAUCAGUCAUCUUAAAAAUGAGAUGCCUUUUAUGAUAGGCAAAUCUACAGCUCAGCAAAGACUCAUUGAUAAUUUGGCAGAUGAAUUUAGAAAGGUGCAAAGGGAGUUCCAUUUACCUCCUGGUGAUUUCCCAAAUGUAGAGGAUUUUAGAGAGAGAUUGAGUGGUUACAAUAUUGAUAAGUUUGCAAAAUUCAAACCAAAGAUGAUACAAGCAGUUGAUGACAUGUUAGCUUACGACAUUCCUAACCUCUUGAAGAAUUUUAGGAAUCCUCAUGAUUAAAUUUCUGAGCAAUUGAGUCAAUGAUAUAUUAGGUUUGUCAGAUUGAUGUGUAUAGCAGAAAUUUUACGGGGUCUUUGUGCACUCUGUAUUGAAUAUUGAAAGAUUGAAACACUCCAUUGCUGCAUAUACGAUUUCGUUUCAGUAUCAAAUUGAAUUUUCGUACCUAACAGUUGAAUUUGGUUGUUGAAUAUUUCCUUCGAGCUCGCAUGCUGCUGAAAAUAUAGUAUCAGAUAGAGAAGACCCAUAAUCUGGAGAUUACCCUAAGACUCA